CGUGUCGCUAUGGCGACGCGGCGGGAGCGUAGGUUGCCCAGGACCCCGCGCUCCGGGUGAGACGAGGGCGCGCGCAAGGGUCCUUCGCUCGCGGUCUCUCGUCGCUUUCCUGCAAAAGCGCGGAGAAACUCGAGACUUCGCAGUCCGCGGUGCGGGCGCCCAGAGCCGGGCCGCGGAGCCCCGCACGCCCGUCCCCUGCAGACGCUCGCCGGCUCCAGCUGCUGCGAUGCCGCCGCCCCCCUCGGAGCAGGCCCUGGGCGAGCUGCUGGCCCGCAAGGAGGAGGAGUGGAGGGCGCUGCAGGCCCAGCGCACGCGACUGCAGGAGGCGGCGCUGCAGGAGGCGCAGGGCCGGCUGCAGGAGGCGCAGGGCCGGCUGCGGCGCCUGCAGGAGGACUUCGUCUACAACCUGCAGGUGCUGGAGGAGCGGGACCACGAGCUGGAGCGCUACGACGCCGCCUUCGCCCAGGCCCAGCGGCUGGAGGGCGCCCGGCAGGCCGAGGUGAGCGAGCUGAAGGUCGAGGCGGCCCGGCUGCGGCAGGCGCUGGCCAGGGAGGCCCGGCGGCGGGAGGAGCUGCAGCAGCAGCUCCAGCAGAAGGAGCAAGAGCACCGCCUGGCGCUGCGGCGGGCCCACAGCGACAAGAGCAGCGAGGUCGACCGGCAGCGGGAGCAGUACGAGAAGCUGCAGUGGACGCUGGAGAGGAGGCUGGAGCAGCUCGACGGCCAGCUGGCCCUGCAGAGGCAGGAGCUGCUGCUGGAGUUUGAAUCCGAAACGCAGAAGCAGGAGCAGGCCUUCCGGCUGCAGGCGGACAGCAUGAGCAGCGUGGUCUUGGCACAUGAGCUCAAGGUGAAGCUUCUGAACGAGGAGCUGGGGGCCCAGCGGGAGGCUGGCGCCCAGGUGGCCGAGUCCCUGCGGAGCGCGCAGGCCGCCAACUCGGAGCUGGAGGACAGGCUGCAGCGGGCCACCUGGGAGCUCCGGGACCUCGCCGCCGUGAAGGACGCCCGGAUAAAGGAGCUGGAGGACAGACUUCAGUCCGCGCAGCUGACCCGGGAGAAGGAGGAGGAGACGUUCAGGAGGAAGCACGAGGAGCUGGACCGCACCGCCCGGGAAAGGGACGCGGUGCUGGCGUCGGUGAAGGACGCCCACGCGGAGCAGCUGCGGGCGCUGGAGGCGCGGGUCCUCGAGCUGCAGGCCCAGUGCGAGGCGCUGGAGCUGCAGGCCCGCCGGGCGGAGUGGAGGCAGGCGGACGCGCUGCGGGAGAAGGACGCCGCCAUCACCAGACUCCGGGAGGAGGCGUCCACGCUGAGGUCUGACUGGGACGCCCAGGUCGCCCAGCUGUCCAAGGAGAUGACCUCCAGAGACCUGCGGGUCCAGUCGCUGCAGCAGGAGGAGGCGGAGCUCCAGGCGCAGCUGGCCCGGUGCCAGCAGGACAUCGGCAGGUACCAGCGGCAGCUGGCCCUGGCCGCGGAGAGGGAGCAGAGCCUGGAACGCGACAAGGCGCAGCUGGGCCUGGACUGGCAGCGGCGCUGUGCUGGCCUGGAGAGGGACCACUACCGCCAGUCCGAGGAGCUGAUCCAGGGGCUGACCUCGGCCCGGGAGCAGGCUGCUGCCAAGCUCCAGGAGGCGGAGCGUAAGCUGCGGGAGCAGGAGGCGGUGCUGCAGGCCGUGACCCUCGAGAGAGACCAGGCCCUGCAGGCCCUGAGGACCCACGGGCUCCUCCCUGAGCAGGAGCUCCAGGUGCUCCUAGGGCGCCGGGGGGAAGAAGCCGGCGCCCCAGGCUUCCCAUCGGGGCAGAUCCAGCAGCUGCAGCAGCAGAACGCGAGCCUGCGGGACGCCGUCGCCCGCAUGAGGACCGAGAUGGAGGCUCUGAGCCAGCAGGUGCUGCCCCCCGCCCAGCCGGCUGGGGGCAGAGCCCCGGGCCCGGCACCGCAGCCGGACCUGCAGUCGGAUGCACACAGCCGGACACGCAGCCGGGCGCACAGCCAGUCGCGCAGCCUGAUGCACAGGCCGCCGCCCCUGGGGCAGAAGGGGUCCCGCUGCGGAGGCAGUUGCGCUGAAGGCUCCACCGCUGCGUCUGUGACCGAAGCUCGCGGGGAUUAUGUUCUGGCCCUCGAAGCAGAAAUACGAAACCUCAAGUGCAAGUUCGACACGCUGGAAGAACAGCUGGGAGAUGUGCCGGAGCCUCCGAAGGCGCCCUCGCCCCAGAGCGACCACAGCCCGCCCGGCCUCCCUCCCGCAGCCGAGGCCUCCGUGGGUGUCGGCGCCCGGGGUGGCCAGCCUCCCUCCCUCGUGGACCAAGCCUCUGGCUGUGGGCGUCUCUGGGGGGCGGCUGUGUUUGCGGAGCUCCGUCCCCAGGGUCUGCAGGACACAGUUGAGGACAGUGUCCGACGCCCCCUGUGCUUCCUGGGCCCGUGGCCGCGCGGCGUCUGUCUGAACCCCGCUCGGACGAAGAGGCUCGGGGGGGACGCUGCGCCCCCCGACAGCGUCGCCGUGGGGCUGGCGCUCAGGCGGCUGGGCGACAGGACGCGUCUGCUGAACCUGCUGGUGGCCCGGCUGCGGCAGAAGGCCCUGCAGGAGCCCCGGGAGGUGGGCGCCACCCAGUGCGCCCUCCCCCACGCGGCAGACCAGGUGCAGCUGGAGGCGCUGGAGCUGCAGAGGCAGGUGGCUGAGCUGCAGAGGCACCUGGGGAUGGCGGAACCGAGCCGCUGUGUGGCCCUCGGGAGACAGGUCCUGGCCGCUGGGGGACCCUCGGGGACCGAGGACCCCGGAGCACCGCCCCCACAGGCCCCGUCGGUGCCGCAGCUCCAGCGGAAACUGAGGGAGGCGGCCCGGGCGGCCCUCCGCCUGCAGCGGGAGAAGGAGCAGCUGCUGGAGCUGGGCAACCGGCUCCGCGCCAGGCUGGGCCGGCCCGCAGGGACACCGGGCCGCCCCUGCCCUGGCCCGGGGGCCUGGAACCCGGGGGAGGGGCCUGAGACGCCCUGGGAGCACAGCCGGCCUCUGAGACAGCUGCAGCCCCACCUCGCCCGCCAGGGCUCGGAGAGCGCCGACGGGGGACGCCCCAGAGAGACCCCACCCCACGCGGCACCCGCGGUCGGCAGAGACGGCGCUCCCCGAGGCACGGUGGCGGGCACAGCAGGGCCGGGGCAGAAGCGACCCAGCAUCUCCACGGCGACUUGCAAGUCGGCCCUUCAGAAGGAGAACCGGUCCCCGGAGCCGCCGCAGGCUCCCGGGCCCCGCCAGGGCCGCGGCCCCCACACCCCGGGGUCCUCGUCGCUCACCAGCGGCUCCCUGCAGGACACCUGGAGGCUGCUCGACCUGGGGUCCAGCCCUUCCGGCCUCGCCUCCCAGGACGACUCGGCGCCAGCGGGUGUGCACGCUCUGCACUUUGCCCGCCUGGCCGGGCUGCUGUCCUCACUGAGGACAGGGACCCAGCGUGCUCCCCGGGGCCCUCGCAGCUGCGGCUCCCCACCCAGGCCUCGAGGCCUCGUGUUUCCAGCUGCAGGGGCUGCACCUCCCUUCCUGCUCCUCCUGCUGCCCCUGCUGUGCACGGUGGACCCUGUGCCCGGAGGCCGCCACCCCCUGGCUCCUGCCACCCCAGCCCCCGCCCCCAUAGGUCCCUCGGUCUCAUCCAUCUUCACUCUGUCGGCUGCUGCGGGGAGAGUACAAGGGCAGCCCCGCGAGUCCCGGAGCCCAGCCCGGAGCCACGCGCCCAGCGGCUGGGCCGCGCUGGGAGGCAGCCAGCUGCGGGGAGCCCCCGCCCGGGGCCGGGAGGGCGGGCGCGCGGCCUUCUGGGAGUGCGGGGUGUCGCGGCUGCCCCGCGGCCGGGCCCGGCGGCCACUGGGGCAAAGGGAGCUCAGCCCCUGCGGCCGGGGAGCCCCCGCCUCCUCCUCCUCGCGGCCGCGCCAGGAGGGACGGACAGUGUGGAGGCUUGGAGAGCUCACGGAGCCUGCAGCAGCCGACCGCCCCAGACCCGUCAGCGGGCGCCCCAGGGAGACGCGGGCAGCCUUCGCCGUCCAGGGGGUGAAGAUGGACGCCCAGGCCAAGGCCACACCCGCCAGACCUCCCCGGGCUCACCCUGCGAACCCUAAACGCUGCCAGCGGGCCCCCAAGAUCCGGAACUACAAUGUGAAGGACUGACUCCGCCCCUCCCCUCCUCUCUCUCCACAGCAGGGGGUGCGUGUGUGUGCACACGGGGUUGGGGGGGUACUGUGAGCCACGGCACGGGGUCCCCCGCGCUGGUGGGGCAUCUCGCAGAGGAGGUGCGGAUCCCAUUAAAGCUGUGCCUCCCCCUCUCUCUCGCCGGGGUGUUGUUUACCUGGCCUACUUGGGCAGCAGCGUCAGGGCCUCGCCAGCAGCCU